UGAAAGCGGGAUUCAGAGCAGUUUUCCUCGUGAGAGUUGUUGUUUUGCUGCGUGUUAUUUUAUAAAAUUGCGAUGAUUUGUAAAUCAAAAUUUACAAAUUACGACCUGCCGUCGACAAAUUUGCUCAUUCGACAAGGAAGAUAACGCAGCCAAUCUCUAGUCAAUCGUGGAAUUGGGGUCAAUCAUCUGAGGUGGAAUCAGUCAAUCUUUAAUCACUUGUGGAAUUGGUGUCAGUCACUUGAGCUAAUUUUUUCUGGUUAACUUAACCAGGUUAAGUUGAAUCAUCAUCAUCAUGCCUCCUUCUCCUAAAACUUCAACUUCACAUUCGUCGAAAUGGCUUGUCGCCGAGAGGACGUACACUGUCGCCCAUCCUGCGAAACCGGUCGCCGUAUUCGUGCCAGAGGAACCGUUCAUCUUACGAAUCGACAUUCCUGACGACGACGACGGGAUGACUGAAUUUCCUCAAUUUAUGUUCUCGAUUUAUCCAAAUUUCAAUUAUGCUGAUGAAAUUGUGGAUUUGAUUCAUCUGAACGGUCAAAGUAUUCGACGAAAAAGAAGACAAAACUCCGAAACGAUUCAAUUGCACGGUUAAGUUGAUAAAUUUUAAGGAAAUCAUUCUAAAUUUUGACCACCACAAAUUGGGAUUGCUUCCCAAUGAUGCGUUUGAUUUUGAUUUCGUUCGUCAUUAUCUUGCCAAUCCUGGACCACAUAUUAAACUGGAGAAAUAUCGACUGACCGGCUCUGAUUACGAUAUCAAACGAGGAAAGUGUGUUGACGACGAUGUCGACAAAUUUGAUGGGGACGACGUCAUCUGGAAACGAAAGAAUUGGGACGACCUUCCACGCCUACGACGGCCCGAUGCACGAGUCCCCGUGACGAAAAUAAUGUCCUUGUAUCAAGCUUGUGGUUACGCCGCUUCGUCACCUGAUGAAAAUGAAGACGACAAUAUUGGACGCGCUGCGGCGGGCGCGAGCGCGGCAAGUUUAAACCCUGUCUCGGAGAUUGAUGUCGUCAAGCUUAGUAAUAAUUAGCCACCGUCCAGUCCGCCAAAAAAUGCUGCGUCGAACAUCGACGUAGACGAACAAAUUUCCGCGUCAUCCGAUGACGAAAUACAAAUAUUACGUAUUGUUCCAAACGAUAAAAGACGAACUGGAAUGAAAGAAGUUAACACGACGGCGGCGAAUAAUUCCUUGUACAUCAAUUUAGAAGACGACUCUUCCAGCGAAUCGGAUAAUUCGUGGCGAAAAUCCAGUCCACCACCGAAAAAACGGAAGGAAACCAAAGAAUCGUGCCCACCUCCUUUGGAUAAGCGAGAUCGCGUCAUUCUUACCGCUAAGAAGCGGACAGAUUCCCCCGCCUCAGUCGAAUGGGUCGAUUUGGACAGUCAAGGUUCACAAUCGCUGCUUCCUCCAUCAUCCCCUGAACUAUCACCAUAUUCGCCAUCAUCAUAUGAACCAUCGCCAUCAUUACAUAAAUCGUCGCCUUCACCGCCUCCUCAAGUUCGAGGGAAACGAGAAGAUAAGACGAAACGGGUCGUCCCGGUCUCCAAACCACGUGACAUUUCUCCAGAUGACCGCGUAUUCUCUUCUCCAUCACCGACGCCAACACUGCCAGCUCCGCUACGUCGCAAACGACGAUCUGACUACCCCGUCCCUGUCGCCACGUCGACGCCGAUGCCGACCACAAAACGAACAGUGGCUGGUCCGCUAAGUAGCAAACGAUCCGUCGCCGGGAAUCCCGUCCGUAUCGCCACGUCGACUCCGAACACAAAACGAACCGUGGCUACUCUGCAACCUAGCAAAAAAUGUGACGAUAAUACGAAGAAAGCGGCUCGUAACGAGUCAGACGACCGGAAUCGCAUCCCUCCUGUCGCCAUACCGAGCACGUCUCGACAACCGCCGCCCCCUUCGUCGCCUCAAUUACGUCGUGGAUUCUGGAAGGCGUGACUCGAUGGAUUCAACGAUUCAACAUUCCAGUAAAAACGCCUCUUCCCCGAAUAUACCCAACUCUGUGAUGUCAAUAAGAUCUGAAUUUUAUUAGUUUACGGGCAUAUAAUUAUUGUAUUACAUAUUUUUUUCUAAUUUUUGACCAAAUUUAAUAAAUGAUGUGAUUAACUUUGCAGAUAUUUUUUACCACCAAGC